CUGCUGAGGAGUCGCAUGGUCCAUCCCUGGAUUCUCCAAGCACUGACUGCCCAUCCACUCUGACCACAGCCAGGGGCCACAUCCCACUGCAUGCCCAGCGUCCAUCCAUGGAGGUGACCACUGUGUCCCCAUCUCCUGCCUCACCCACUGAAGGAGAUGAUCUGUGUGAGAUAGAUGCCACCAAAGUGGCCAUAGACAGUCUCACCCUGCUCAUCUGCCUCUGUGGGCUGGCUGGAAAUGGGGCUGUCCUCUGGCUCCUUGGCUCCCGCUAUUUGUCCAGGAAAAGAACCAACCGUUACAUCCUCAUCCUGACUUUCUUUGACUUCCUCUUCCUCCUCUUUCUGGUCUCCUCCACCCUGCUCUUUGUGGUGGAGGAUGUGUCCUGUUCUAUCAUCCUGCCCUUGCUGUACACAUUGUUGCUUUUUGAGGUGCCACUGGUGUCAUACUGCUUGUGGCUAUACACGCUGACAUUCAUCAGCAUCAAGAGGUGCAGGUCCAUCCACUGCCCGCUCUGGAACUGCUGCCACCAUCCCAAGUGCCUGUUGAAGGCAAUGCAUGCCCUGCUCGGGGCCUUCUUCAUUGCUCUCAUCGCUAUCUUUGCCUCCAUGGUUUGUCUCUGCGUGUUCCGGCUAUCUGGGCACUGCUGGGUGUCUCUCUUCUCCAUGUACGCUUUCAACCUCCUGGUUUGUGCUCCCGUUGUGCUCAUUUCCCGCAUAAGCCUCUUCAUUAAGGCCAAGCCUGGCUCCCAUCAGCUGCAACCCAAGAGGCUCGACAUUGUUAUCUGCCUCAUUGUGCUCUUCACUCUGCCCCGCAGCCUCUUGAAUUUACUGCAGCAGUUUGGUUACGCCGCUUUGCCCUACCAGGUGUCUUUCAUACUUAACUGCAUCCACUGCUGCAUCAACCCCAUCAUUUGCUUCUUGGUGGGGAGGUGCUGGAGGCCCUGCUCCAUGGGGUCCCUCUGGCUCUCCCUCCAGAGGGUCUUUGAGGAGACAGAAGAAAACACUGCCCACAGCAAUGAUCCCGCCAUGGACACUGUGCUCUGAGUCUGUUGAAUCUCCCCGCUGCACUUCUGAAGGACUCUGGGACUGUGGCUGAGGGACUCUUUAAUUCACCUGAUGAAUAAAUAUCUGAAUUGUCACCCUCCCUGUGCUGGUGCAUGCCCCACCCCCUUUCCAGUGAGAAGAAUAGUGGAUUUGUCUUUACAAACAAGAAACAAUGGGGAAGAAAAACCCUUAAAUUCUGUAAGAAUUCAAAAUUAAAAGGGAGAGUUAUAUAUUAGAGGGAAAUCUUCGUUAUCAGCCAUAUCGGGAAGUCUGUAUUUCUCAAGUACCUCAGCCAAUGGGGAAAGAGAGAAGGGAAAUGCAGUUGGGAAAUUAGGAUAAAAAGGGAGGCUGUGUUCUCCAAAUAUUUGAGACA